AGCGUAGGUAGCGUUGGCAUGUAUAAGAAGGUCUGAAUCUUUGCGCUUAUUAUCUCCCGCUCAAAGAUUGUCUAUCUUCGCAUUGGUCGCCAUGGCCUCAUCGUUACCAGCAGACUCUCCCGCCGCAACAUUGUCAUUUACCUCCUGGAAUGACGACAAGCCGACAACUAUUAUCCUUCUCCACGGUGGCUUCAGCUGUGGUCUCGAGUAUGCGCUCGUCCUUCCGCACCUCUCUGACUUCCACGUCCUUCUGCCCGACCUACCAUUGCAUUCCACAUCACGCCAUAUCAAACCGGGCACAACCGAGAACUCUGCCCGGCAUGUCGCACAACUCAUUCAGUCGCACGCCCACGGCGGAAAAGCUCAUGUUGUUGGUGUCUCCAUGGGCGGCUUCAUAGGCCAAUGCCUAGCGUUGGACCAGCCCGACCUUGUACUCUCGCUCUUUGUAUCAGGUGCUGCUCCAGUUGCUGGUGCACGCGCGUUGAUGUCGAAAUGGCCAAGAUUUACCUAUUAUAGUAUGAGAAUUAUGCUGGAUUGGCUCCCCGAGUGGGUAUUUCGGUACCAAGGCCUAAAUGUUAGCAGCGAAUUGAUAGCAGAACUGAGGGCCAAUGUCACUUGGGAGCUGAUGCUGGAUAUGUUCCCGUGGAUCACGGCGUUCAGUUUGGAUCAAGUGCGACAGUUGAAGGUCCGGACUCUAUCUAUCGCGGGUGCGAAAGGGGAUGACGUGCCGAUGAUAGAGAAGACGGCCGAUGCAUUGAGAAGCAGACGGACUAUCCAGGACGAGGCGUGGCCUGAUGAUGGGUCUGGUGCAGUUGUGUUGAGGGAGGCAGUACAUGCGUGGGACUUGCAGUUACCAGAGCUCUUUGCUCAAGGCGUAUCGGCUUGGGUUAAGGGAGAGAGUUUACCAAGCGAGUUUGAGAGGCUUUAGUAGGUGCUUCUAAAACCCUACGUACGAACACUUCAGGGCGCGGAGAUAAUGGCAUACGAGUAAGGAACGCACUUCC